UCUGGUUCCCUCCUCCCUGCCUGCCUGCCUGCCUCGUUCGGUGGCGGCAGCAGCAGCAGCAGCUGAAGCCUCCGUCUGCUGCUCAACCUGACCAGCCCAGGAUGCGGCUGCUCCGUGACAUCACGCCCAGAUGUUUGGCAGAGCCACGCACACGCACGCCCCGCGCACUGGGGUCUGGAACCGUCUGAGGCGCGGCGAUCGGACGAGCUCGGUUCCACCGUCAGCAUGCGCCGGGAAGGCUGGGAAGGCUGCUGGCUGCUUAUCUUAGACGGCUGUCGUUAAUUCUGUUCCGAGCAACAAGCUGUUCCGGAUGGGGUUUUGCGUUGCUUUCGCCUCGAGUUGCCGGAUGCUUUUUCCUCUUGAGAAAGAGAGGCGCUGGGUGUGACCCUUUGCUAACAAAGUACUUCGAAGCGGAGCGUGUGGAGAUCUACAGGUGUUUGUCAGCCUCUCUCUCUCUGUGUGUGUGUUUUUUUAAAGUGAGCACAAAAGGAAAAUUGCCGUUGAUACACCGAGAGAGGUGUGAAAAAUGGCAACCGCCGCCUACUUUGCGGCCGAGUGCCUUGUUUCGAUGUCCAGUCGGGCCAUCAUCCACGGUCCGGCAGAGCCAAGCCUUCAGCCGGCGCCGCUCGCCAUCUCGGCCCGGGACAAGAAAUGCGAAGGGAAAGACGGUGGAAGAGACAGCGCCGGUGGGAGUUCUGUCUAUGCGGUGGCUAGCAUUUUAGCAGACUUAAACCAGCACGUUCCAAAGCCUUCAUCCCCUCAGCCGGAGAAACCAGAGAGCGCCGGCAGAGGGGUGAGACAAAACCCGUCGCUCCCCUGCGAAAAGUUUGGGGAAGAAAGUAUCUUGCCGGCCGGCAUACACGGAGGAGCGAAAGCGGCCACACCUACCAUCUUGGCAGCAACCAACGCACCGAGCGUGAAACAAAGGAGCAGGAGAGGGCGAUGCCGGCCUGACCCUGAAUUACCUCAGAAAAAGCAUAAAUGCCACUAUGAGGGGUGCGAAAAGAUUUACGGCAAGUCUUCUCACCUGAAAGCUCACCUGAGGACCCACACAGGUGAGAAGCCUUUCGAAUGCAGCUGGGAAGACUGCAACAAGAAGUUUGCGCGUUCCGACGAGCUGGCGCGGCACUUUCGCACCCACACCGGGGAGAAGAAGUUCGGCUGCCCUCUCUGCCAGAAGCGCUUCAUGCGCAGCGACCACCUCACGAAGCACGCCCGCCGGCACGCCAACUUCCACCCCAGCAUGCUCAAGCGGAGGAGCGGGAGCAGUUCUCUGGCGGGCUCUGUGAGCGACUACAGCCGCUCGGAUGCUUCCAGCCCCACCAUCAGCCCUGCCAGCUCCCCGUAGGCCUUCCUGCACUGGAUUCCAGCACUUUGCUCUUAUGGUUAUACAUAUUUUUUGGAGUUUUUAAUUCGCAUUGAGCACACCGCUUCUUUUUUAAAACACCCUCUUUUGCUCCAUUUUUCAAAACAUUGCGUGUAGUCUGCAAUUCUGCAAUCCCCAGCAAAGAUCCUUCGCCACGGCCGAGCAGACAAGUAGAACUAAAUCUGCACAUUAUCUCUGCCGGCAACUUUGGUGGGUUAAUAUUUCUGGGGACGGAGGAUUCCCCCCUUCCUCUUCUAAAGCCUUAACAAGAUGCUCUCAUGGAUAGUUUAUAAUUUAAACGGGAAAAAAACCCACGGCGUUUGCUCGAGCGGCGAAGCAAAUUUCGUUUGAACAGACUGUACAAUCGAGCGCUAAAGAACGCAUUCAUCCGGGUCCGAUUUUUUCCCCGCCCUCUUCUUCUCAUCUUUCUCAGGGAUACAUAUUUAUGUGACGCUGUAAGUACGUUGGAGACACGCCUCCCUAAACAGAUCUGCACUCAAAACAUUUGUGUUGAGGGUUUGUUUCCCUCCGCACGGGCUGAGGAGGAAAGCAGUCCCGGACGCUGUGCUCGCAGAACUUGGUUUCACCGUUUGCUACAAAUAUACAAGGUGGGGAAGGAAAAAUUGGAGCGCAAGAGGGCAUGACCCAUGCCGCUUCAUUCCAUUUUUCUUUAUCGCCGAAAGCCAUUUCAUACUGAGAUGAUUCUACCACACCAGCUUCCUGCUGUAAAAGAGUUUUUCUACAAAGUUGUUGGGUUUUUAAAGAGAAAACUUUGGAGGGUGGGGUGGUAAGGUUCUUUUUUUUUAAUGAGAUGCCUUAAUCGUUGUCAUUUUUAAUAGAGGGGAAUGUAUUUACACUGAAGAACAGAUUAUUUAAAGAAUACAGUUGUAGGACCAUGCUUUUGAGGCAUUACAACUCCUGGCCCGACCGGAAGUUCUGCUGUGCCGGCCCCACUGAUAUGGAUGGGGGUCUUAGGAAAGGCCUUCCUUGAAGAUGGGUCUCUGUAUCCUCAAGUCUCUGAGCUGCUUCUCUAUCCCACAACAAACAAACAGAAAGAGCAAGCCGCACAGAACUUGAUCGACUUGAACUGCUUCUGCUUACAAAAUAUGCAAAACUGGGGGAGGGGGGGGGGAAACCGUGUGUCUGAAUUCAUCAAAACUUUAUCGAGGUACUCGUCUGCCCUAAAGUGGCUGGAUUCCGGUAAGCCGAACAUCCCCUUCCCGAGCAGAAACCAUCGUUUCGAUAUCGCGACCGUAGCUACAAGCUGUCAAAUCAAACCCGAGUAGUCGUAAUCGCAAAAUGUUUUCUUACUGGAAAAAAAAGAGAGAGAGGAAAACCCGCAUCUGGAAAGUGUUACAAAACAUGGUGUUUAGAGCAACAGUACUUCACAUUUCUCCUACAUCCUUAGCGUUGUGUGCAUGGUGUUUCUGGAUAUGAGAACUUCCCUCCCUAGAAGGUCCCUAGGUAUGGAUUCCAAUCUUCCCGGCUGCUUCAGCAGGGCUCUCACCUUGCCGCAAGCCUCGUCCUAACACCUCUAGGUCUGGGAGUGUCCAAGACAACCACUCCCACCUGCAGAGGGGCAGGCCGGUGUUGGUCACCUGAUAUGGUAGCCUACCUUCAAAAGCAUGACGGCCAAUUCAAAGAUAAUCAUCCAAAUGCAGCAAGAUCUGAGCACACAAGCUGAUUUAGAUGUUUAUCUCGAUGCUUACUGAAUUGGUUUGGGAAACAUGCAUAUUUUUUUUCAUGCAAAGGGGAACGUGGCAUCUUUCCCUGUGCUUGACCAAGUUGCUUGUGGCUAUUGCUGGAUCAGGCCCAAGAUGUGCAACUUCUAGGGUGGCCAACUGGAGUUCUCCCAAAAUCACAUCAGAUCUCAGACGACAGAGAUCGGUUUCCCUUGCAGAAAAUGGCGGCUCCGGAGGGCGGAGUUUGUGGAAUUAUAUCUCGCUGAGGUCUCCCUCUUCCUCAAACCCGGCCCUCGCUAGGCUCCACCCUAAAAUCUACAGGUAUUCCCCAACCUCGUACUAGCAACCCUAGAUGCCUUAACUAGGAACGGGUCUCUACUUUACAAAUCUGGCGAAGGGAAACGUUGAGAGAUUUUGGAGAUCUCAUUAUUGUUGGAUCGCCAGGUUCGGAUGCUGCAUACUAAAGAUUUCAGGUGCUUCUCUUUAUGAUCAUAUUCCAUUUUUUAAAAAGAAUAUAUAUUACUGUAAGUGAUAAAUGCAGUCAACUGUAGCACAGUAAAAGAGACUCUGUAAUCCCAUAACUGCUGUUUACUCCCCUCUACAUUCCAAAGUGUCUUAACCAAGAUUUCAUUGCUUUGCGGUGAAUUCCGUUUUGCCAGCUUAUUAUCUUUUUUUUAAUGUACUGUAUAUUAACCGUCAGAGAAAAAACAAUAUGUCAUCAAUAUGCAAUUAGUUUCUAGGUACAUGCAAAUAUUGUUCCAAGAAUCGGGCACUCUCUGUACUGUAUCACCCUCUACCCCGUAAACAAAGGUCAACGCGUAGAUAAUUCAGUAUUUUAUGGGCAUCAGUUUCAAAGUUCACCUUCAGAGGUAGACUUCCCACUAGCUAUAAAAUGAGCUAAGUAGAACUUGCCGGGGUGGAUUUACAACUGGGUAUUGAAAGAAAGGACUAGUUUAGUACCAUUACCAGAGGACAAAGUUCCUCUGUUGAGUCACCAGACGUUUGUAAGCUUGAAGAAAGCCAUGACAUCCUGUUCCCAAAACUAAAACAAUAAGAUUCGUAGGGGCGCCCAACUAGAGGGAUUUUGAAGGCUACCUGAACAGCAAAAUUCACAUUCUAAACAAAAUGGUAGCGGCUGUACCUGGAGACGUGGUCAACAGGGGAGGGCAAAGAACCCAAGACCACUAGCAAAGGAGCAGUUGCUUCCUCCAGGCCUUAGGAACGUACCCUGUUUCCCUGAAUAUAAGACAUCCCCGGAAAAUAAGACGUACUAGAGGUUUUGCUGAAGUGCGAAAUAUAAGGCAUCCCCUGAAAGUUAGA